AUAGGUUUUGUUUUGAGUUGAGGUCGUGACGUGUACUAUUGUGGCUCAGUGUUUGCUCGAAGCCGGGAGGAGAUGGAGCUAUGGUGGAGCCUCACUCUUCUCUUGUCUCUAAUAUCCGUGGGCCGCUGUCAAAAACCCCACAAACGAUUCGAAUAUAAGUUCAGCUUUAAGGGGCCUUACCUGGCACAGAAGGACAACCAGGUACCCUUUUGGCACUACUCUGGCAAUGCCAUUGCUAGUGAGGAAAGUGUUCGAAUCACACCAUCUUUACGCAGUCAGAAGGGGCAGAUAUGGACGAAAAACCCAACGAAUUUCGAGUGGUGGGAGGUGGAGUUUGUCUUCCGAGUGACAGGCAGAGGCAGAAUUGGUGCUGAUGGUUUGGCAUUGUGGUUUACUGACAAGCCAGGUGGCGAGGGUCCUGUAUUUGGCAGCACAGAUAAGUGGAAUGGCCUUGGAGUUUUCUUUGAUUCCUUUGACAAUGACAACAAGAGGAACAACCCUUAUGUGAUGGCCAUGGUCAACGAUGGUACAAAAGUUUAUGACCAUGAACAUGACGGCCUCAGCCAGCAAUUAGGAGGGUGUCUGCGAGACUUCAGAAACAAACCUUUCCCAGUCAGGGCGAAAGUAGAGUAUUACCACAACGUCUUUACGCUCAUGAUUCACAGUGGUAUGACCAAUAAUGAGAAGGACUAUGAGAUCUGCAUGCGUGCCGAGAAUGUCCACCUCCCGCCCUCUGGCCACUUUGGAGUGUCUGCAGCCACUGGAGGCUUGGCUGAUGACCACGAUGUUCUCAAGUUCUUGGUGUCUUCACUACGCUCCCCUGAGGAAAUGGCACUCCUGCAAGUCAACCAGGAGGAGGAAGAGAAAUUCCGGCAGGAGUUCCAGGAGUACCAGGAGAAGACCAAAAAGGCCCGUGACGAGUAUAUAGCUCAGAAUCCUGACCAUGAGAAGAAGGAUGAAGAAUAUGAGUCCUGGGAACAAAGGGAAUUGCGACAGAUAUAUUUGGGACAGAGUCAGAUACAUGAAGUUAUAAGACAGCUCCAUAUGAAAAUGGAUGAAAUAAUCGGUCGACAAGAACGAACCCUUGGCUUGGUGUCAGCUGUUCACACAGGAAUGGGUGGUGGACAAGUAGCACCUGCAGGAGGACAGGUGCCACCCCCUCCUCCUCCAGCACUACCAGGAGACACCAUCCGCCGCCAUGAAGUGGACUCCAUCCUCAACAAUCAGCGAGACAUUGUCCAAACUGCCAGAGACAUCAAGAGCUUUGUCACAGAGAUCCACCAGAAGAGCAAUCAACUGCUGGGCAAUAACCAGAAGCCCCAGGGAACAGUGCAGCCUGUUGGAUACGACUUGCAUGUCACGCUCAAUGAGAUGAAAGAAGGCCUGAACAUUGUGAAGAGAGACUUGGGAAAUGCCAACCAGAGACUAGCACAAGGAGGAGGAGGGGCAUGUCCAUCCAUCAGCUGUGUGUCAACAACUGUGUUUAUGGUCUUCAUGGUCCUGCAGGUGGUGCUUCUUAUUGGCUACAUCAUGUAUAGAGAUAGUAAAGAAGCUCAAGCCAAGAAGUUCUACUGAGGUACACCUGUGUUCCAAGCCCUGUGAGUCCAUCUCAGGAGCACAAAGAUUUCUUCCAGAAUAUUUUUAGAUGCCUGAUCAUUUUGUAGAGUCCAUUUCAAAGUUUUAAGGUAAAAUGAUUUUUAGGCAUUUAUUUUUUUAUUACCAGAGGAGUUGGUGCAUUUUUGUUUCUCUGCAUAAAGAAUGUGUAAGAUCUGAAUCCGUGAAGUUGUUGUGGUGUGGCACGACUCCUCUGUUACUGUAGUGCAUAAAUAAUGUUGGAUAUUUUUUGAAAGAUAAUUUGUAAAUAAAUGUUCACAAGGGGAAUUUCAGGAGAAUCAAUUUCACUCAAUCUUUUUAUUUUUAAAGUUGAAAAGCAUUUUAAUGACUUUUGACUUGUUCUGAAUAAGUUUUCCAGUUGGCAAAAUUGGAUUUUGUUGUGUGGUGAAAGCUGUGUGGAUUUAAACUUAGUAGUUUUUUUGGAAAUGGUGGCUGUGCUCAGUUAUUGUGUGUAUCUUUCAUUAUUAUUCCAUCAGCUUUCAAGAUCUGAUGAACUUGUACAUUCAUAUUCCUGAACAACUUCAUGAGAUGUGUGCCUAUGACAAUUUACCAUCAGUUACUUUACCAUUAGUAAUAAUGAAGCUUGUCUAGCCAGUAUUAAUCAUUCACAAAACAUCCAUGAAGAAAGGAGGAAUAUUGUUAACUUGUGUGUUACUCUUUUUAUUUUUAUUUUAUUUUAUUUUUUUUUUCUUUUAUUUUUUUUUUUUUUGUUAUAUCAUUUCCUGUUUUCAUGGAUGCCACAUCACACUGAAGUUUCUCAUGUGCCCUGAAUUUGUUUCACCAUGUGAGACAAGGAAAUGAUUGUUAGCAAAUGUAGCUUCAAGGGAAUACGACAUGAUAAAUUUUCUCAUUAUUUGGUGAAGUGAAACCAAUGAUUAGCAUCACCAAGAGCAUCUGUAUCUCAUUCAGUAUUUCCUCUUGACCUAUCAAGUAAAUUAAUAAGCCUGGGGUAUAAUGAAAGCUACUGAGGGUUCUAUUCCUUAUGAUAAAUUAGUUGUACCUUUUUGUAGAUAAUUUCCUUCAUUGUCGAAGGCUUAACACUGUCCAAAAAAGACUGAAGUUUUGUUAUUGUUUAAGCUCAAUAGCCUUUUAUAUGGUGUUUGUUUCAAUGAUUUCUGCUAGUUAAAAAUAGAGUGGUUGAGGUUUAAUUUUGGUGCGCCAUGCAAGUAUCACGUGUUGCUAGUGGGGGGUAUUAAUACAUUGCUAAAUGAUUUAUCCAGUGGUGAAAUGCAGUUGUGCACGUGAAAGUUAUGGAAGCCACAGUCUCCUUAUGCUUUCAUUGGUGCCAUUACUGGUGAUGGUCAUGGCAAACUUUUAUUUUAGAUGUUUCUGGAAUUUUAUUGUUACUUGCAUUUGUUUCUCAUUUUCAAACAUGUCUUCACAUUAACAGUGGAUUGAUGUAUUUUAAGAUUCAUUAAAUUAUUGAGAUAUUUUCUACUGAUAUUACUGUUUCAGUUUCAUCUCUACCAUAAACUAUUUUAAUUAAUGAAAUGAAGGGAAAUGAAAUUUGACCUGUUAGCUUUUCUUGGGGACAUGUUGAGCAACACUGGGGAAAGACAAAGUAAGUUUUAUCAUGUCUAACAAUAGAUUUAAUAAAUAUAUAGACAUUGCACAACAAGAACAGUAAUCAUCGCACAUACAUAUCAAGCAACAAUCAAUAAUAUUUAACAAGAAGAAUCUUACAAUGUACAAACAAUAAACAACGACCAUGUAUAUAAUUAUGUACUAAGCACACAUACAGAACAUCCACUGAUAAGACUAGUAUCAAGCCAACAAUGAGGAUGUGCACUACCAAAGGGGUUCUUCACCCAAUGGUCCAAACCUAUUAUGAUGUUGGAAAAAACUAUAUUUAUUUACAUGAUACUGGAUGAAGAGCCUUUCAUUUCUGGAAAUACUACAAGGUUGAAAGCUGAAAUGGAUCCCAGCUCCUGUCUAGAUUGAUGUAGUUAAGAGGGAUUUUCAGCUACCCUGUAUAACAGUUACUUGGUAACUUUUUUAAUUAUGGACUGAAACACUGAUUCUGCAAAAGAAGGAAAAAUCAUGCAUUUUGUGGGGUGGGGUAAGUUGAGUAAUUAACCAUAAUUUAUGUAUGUCUAUCUUGUUUGUGUUGUAAAGGACAGGAUUAUAUUUGCAUUGCUCAAUUGACCAUUGCAAUGUUCUAUGCAAUAUUUCAAAAAAAUCUGAAAUUGUUAAAA